GCGCGGCCUCCUCCGUUACCGGAAUAAAAGAGUCUUUGGAUAUGACGCACUUUAUCGUCCGUUCUUUUUCUCAUCGGUUCCCGAUUGGAUGCUGAUACAUGGUGUACGAUAUACGACGGGAUGACGACGUCGGCGUGUGCCGCGGCUCCGAUGGCGGCGAGAGCGUGUGAGGAAACCUCUCUCGGCGAACUUCACCGUCGCGCGUGUGACAUCACGCUUCAUUGUUGGAGGUUUACGUCAUUCUCGGGUCUGGUCUCGAGUCGGUGCGCGCGGUCUAAAGUAGUAGCCUUUAGACGCGUGCGGAUCGGUGGCGGGAAGUGAUAGACAGAGAGUGUGUGGCCGCGGGAGAAACGGAGACCGAGACGUCGAAGCAGAGAGGAAGAGUGAGUGAAAGAGAGACAGCGCGCGCGAGAGAGAAAGAGAGAGAGAGAGAGAGGAGAAGGAAGAAAGAGGGAGAGAGAGAGAGAGAGAGAGAACCGUGUGUGGCGAACAAACAGAGGCGAAUAUCACGGUGUGCCGCGGCUGCGCGAGAAACACAAGUCGGGCAUGUCGUUUCUCCUCGAGACCGUUCGGUGUUGUCGCGGAAACGGCCAGGCUCGCUCGUGCCAUGAGAUCCGUCGAGGAUCGACCCGCCGCUGCGAGGGAUCAAUAAAAAAUUAGCGUUUCGACAAACCGAAGAGGAGAAACGGCCAGGCCGUCCAGGCAGCGUCGUGGAGAGUGGUGGUGGUGGUGGCCAACAACGCUGCUGUUGAGGAGAGGAGAGGAGGCGAGAAGAGAGAGAGAGAGACAGAUAGAGAGGCGAGUAGCCGGAGAGUGAGUGAACAAGAGGAAAGACGGAGAGAGAGAGAGAGCGAGAGAGAGUGAGAGAGAGAGAGAAAGAGGGAGGGAGAGAGACGGACACGAAGCGCGACGUUCAACGGUGGCGGAGCGCUGAUUUGUGAUUUCGUCGUCGGUUACCGAUAUUUCCGAAGAAACCAGACGACCCGCCGUCGGGUACGGGACCCGUCCACACGCUGCCCAAACCGGAGGGUACGUUACGCGCCGUCGGGACGCGCGCCCUGUCACUGUUCCUAGCAUGUAACGACAACGGCCCCUUCGACGACGCGCUCUUACAUUUUAAAUAUAACGGUGUGUAUAAAUAAGUAUGAGCAAUAGCGGGAGUGCACCGACGGAGUACUCGACGCACAUUUUUCCAAAGAGUCCGCGCCGCCUCUGAUACACCCGUUCCGUGACGGCGCGUCAAAUGCAGCCGGAUUCCACGGUCUCCGCCGAGCAGUUCACCACAUAUGUUCUUGAUGCGUGGGCACGCAGCACCGAACUAUCGUCAAGAAAAAUCAAGGAUUGUCCUUCGCUGGACAAUUAAGUACAGACAAAUUGGAUGAGAAGAAGUUCACUCUAUGCUCUCUGAACAAUGAAGCUUCAUUGUACACACAUGGAACUUUGCAUCGACCAGUGUCAACAAAUUCUAUGGGUAAAAGGUGCACGUAAUGCUGUUGCUUGUUCUACACUGGACGCGAAGCCACAAAGAGUGCCCAGCAGCCCUAGAUCGUAUCCCAGUCGGUUUUGAUCUUUAUAUGAUGCACCAAGAAUUUUACAUGUUCAUCAUUGUACUGGCACGCUUGUGCAAGGAAGGAACAACCGUUCCUAUGAGCGCCUCUCGUCCGUUAAACUGUGAUGGGAAAGAUAAUAACAGGACAAACGGUUCCAAGAGAAUGGCAUAUGAGGUAUUUCUGGGUGGAUCUUGUAAUCCAACUACAUGGAGAUCAGAAAUAGCGAUACCGACUCUGCAGAGCCUCGGCAUAACUUACUACAAUCCCCAAGUGUCGCAAUGGGGGCCAGAACUGAUAGCUCAAGAGUACGAGGCGAAGCAGACGGCGAAAGUAUUACUGUUCGUGAUAGAUAAUCAGACGCGUAACAGCGCGGGCAUCAUCGAAGCAGCGCAAUUGGCAGCUACGCGUCGCGAGUCCUUGAUCCUGGUGAUCUACCCGUAUCGGCAGGAUCAAACGAUCCUCGGCGAGCCGGUGUCGAUACAGGAAUAUUACGACUUGAUGAAUGGCCUGUUGGUACUGCAGUACCUCAUGGAGAGGCAGAGGAUACCGAUAUUCGAGAGCGUGUCGGUCGCCCUAAAUUGUACGUCCAAGGUCCUGCGCGAGGAGAUUAAAGUACAAGAUCUGCAUUCCGAGGAUGGCAUUCGACCGGCCAAAAUUUCGCUCAGUCAAAAUGGAACGGACUCCGUCACGCUCAGAGACAUUUUCAAGUCGAUGGACAUAAACGACACCGGCAGCGUUAAUUUGGCCGAAGCUUGGCUGGCGCUACAGUCGAACGUGUCGGUCUCGGAUCUGCUGAAUGUGGUAAAUAAGUCGGAAACGUACAGGCGGUUGAUAGACGACGGGUUUCCGGUGAAGAAAGAUCCGACGGAAUUACGGAUCAAUUUCGAACAGUUCAGCGCCCUAGCCAGGGAAUCGGCGUGGCGGACGAAGAGCAACGGCGUCUCUUGUGAAAGUGAGAUAUCUUCAGUUUGGAGUAUAAUAUGUAGGAAGGCCUCGAAAUUUCUUCGCAGAGCUAUCAUGCAACCUUUUAGCCGCUUCCUAGAUUGGACCAACUCGAUCGUAAUGGAAACGGAAAAGAGGGACCUGUACGUCGGCGUGAUCGGCGAGGACCAGUUCUGGCUGGAAACCGCCGCUAAACCCUCCAUCGAGUCCAGGGGACUGACCUUGAACCGGCCCUGCCUGAACGAGUACAACGAGUACAACGUGAAGGUGUUGCCGCAGGAGUUGCAAAAGAUGAAGAACUCCCGGGUAAUGUUACUGGUCGUGCCGCAGCACUCGCGCGGCAUCACUAUAAUGGCACUGGCAGCCCACCUAAUCGGACUGCGUGCCAAACUGGUUUUAUGCGUUCAGACGCUUCCCGAGGGUUGUGUAGUUUCCGGUGAAAAGCUAACCGAACAAGCCACAAAAGACUACAACCGGGGAAGAAUGUACCUGUCGGACUACGCGACGCGCGAAGGUGUACCUGUCUUUCAGAAUAUCGCAGAAGCUCUGCAACACGCGAUACAGCUAGUUCAAACCGUUCGAUCUAAGUUGAUCCAAGAUCUAAAUCGAUCUAGGAUCCAAGCUGCUCUAGGAGCACCUAGAUCCAAUUCUCUGACGACCUACUUCUGGUCAUCCGGGAAGUACAGCAGGGCUAGAAGCGUGGGGUCGGAGAAGGCAGCCUCGGCAGCAACGAACGCUUCCUCGCUGGCCAGGAAGCCUUCGACGAGGUUACCCUCGGCCAACCGUUGGGACGAGAACUCGACCAAACGCAGGGCCGUCUUUAUUCUGUCCCCGACGACGUCGGUGAUCACAAUGUUCCCAAUCUUCUUCAGGAGCUGGGCCAGCGACUGCAGAGUCAGCUUAGCCGAAGUCAGCUGCUCUAUUGUCAGCUCGGCGAACCUACCCAAUUUCUUCUCCAACGGCGUGAUCAGCUGCGGCAGCACGUCCUCGGGCAACGCGAAAUGUCUGCCCAACGGGCUGCUGUCGGGCACCCUUUUCGGGCUGACUUCCAGGGGAAAAACAAACAAACGGAUAGAAAACAGCGCGGAUCACGGGCACGUUUUUUCUUCUCUGGCUGCGCAGGGAGCAAUGGCCACGCAGCCCGGCGGUCCCUACCCGGAAAUGAACAAUUCCGUGGACACGAGCUGUUUCAGGAAGACAACGAACUGCGGGGCUCUGCUCCUCCGAUUUCUCUCGAUCUACUGGAGGUCGUUCGUGAUCGUGCUAUGGCCGCUCGUUUUGCUGCCGGUCGUCCUCGCCGUCAAUACCGAGGAGGUGUCGGCGAUGCGGUGCCUAUUCGUGGUCGGGCUGAUGGCCAUGUUCUGGAUGACCGAGGUGCUCCCGUUGCCGAUCACGGGCCUGAUCCCGGUGGUCCUUUAUCCGCUGAUGGGCAUCAUGAGCACCGGGGACACUUGCGCGUGCUACAUGAACGACACGACCAUGAUGUUUAUCGGCAGCAUGGUGAUAGCGAUAGUCAUCGAGAACUCCGGCCUUCACAUGCGGGUGGCGUUGCUGAUCAUCAAAACGAUCGGGUGCAGCCAUCGCAGGUUGACCCUAGGCCUGUUCUUCGUCACGAUGUUCCUGUCCAUGUGGAUCUCAAACACCGCAGCGACAGCGAUGAUGCUGCCCAUCAUAGAGACGGUGCUCCUGGAGAUUGAAGCGCAAGGUCUGGGUAGCAUGUUCGUACCGGACGAAGAAGAAUGCGGUGGGGAGAACGGGCCAGCCGAAGAGUCGCCGAAGAAGCCUACGCGCACCACCAUGGUCUACUACCUCGUGGCCGCGUACGCUUCCAGUCUUGGUGGGGUCGGCACGCUGGUCGGCACUGGGACCAAUUUGACGUUGAAAGGAUUCUUUGAGAAGCGUUUCCCGAAUAGUCCAGGCAUCAGCCUGGCCUCGUGGAUGCUCUACUCGGUGCCACCCAUGCUACUGAUGGGGUUCCUGACGUGGCUCUGGCUGCAGGUGAUGUACAUGGGGAUGUUCCGGCCUGAAAGCAAGGACGCCAGCGCCAUCGACAUAGGCUCCCACGGGGAGAAGGUCGCGGCAUCCGUGAUCGAGACCAAGUACAAGGAACUUGGACCGAUCACAUGGCACGAAUCGGUGGUGGGCUUCCUCUUUAUGUUGGUGGUGUUGCUCUGGUUCUUCAGGAGCCCUGGAUUUGCCAGCGGUUGGCCCACCUACAUCACGAACUUAAGUGUCAAAGACUCGACGGCAGCCACUUUUGUGAUCAUCCUAUUCUUCCUGCUUCCGUCGAAGCUCGACUUUCUGCGGUCCUUCGACGCGGACCCGGCCAAGAGACCCAGCAAACCGUCCCCUGGCAUGAUCACGUGGAAAAUGAUCCAUCAGAAGAUGCACUGGAGCCUGAUCCUCGUUUUAGGAGGCGGGUUUGCCAUCUCGGCAGGCAGCACCAGCUCCAACCUGUCCUCCAUCCUAGGUCAUGCCCUCAUAGCUCUGCAGUCUAUCGACCCCUUGGCUAUACUGUUCAUCGUUUGUCUGUUCGCGGAAACCGUCACCGAACUGACUUCAAACGUUGCCGUUGCGAACAUCAUUCUACCGGUCCUGGCGGAAAUGUGCAUUGCCAUGAGGCUACACCCUCUUUACUUGAUGCUGCCGGCCACUUUGUGCUGUUCCUUUUCUUUCCACCUACCGGUAGGCACACCUCCGAAUGCCAUAGCCACUGCCGCGGCUCAUAUAAAGACCAGAGAUUUCGCUAUAGCUGGAAUAGGACCCAGCGUUAUCACCCUCCUGGUCACAACACUCGCGUUCGCCACUUGGGGGGCCUACGUUUUCAAUUUGUCAGAGUUCCCUGACUGGGCUACUUAAAUUUUUCCAUCGACUGCUCUAGGAAAGUUUCCUGUGCCUUCGCUAUUGAAGGUGUCGGUUCGACACUUAUGGUUGGUGAUAGACGCGUCCCUAAUCUUUGUACAGUAUAGAAACCGCGUAGCAUAUUGCUUAGUUUCGAGCAGUAUUAGUGUCAGAGAGUUUGCUGUGUGCCUUAAUAAAAGAUAGAGGAAGGGAGAACGAAGGGAGAAGCAAUAAAGUAGCUUACCAUCGA